UGUUGUGUACUAUAGGAUGCAGUGAGUCUUCUGUCGGGUCACUCCUGUCGGCCUCCUGGCUCCAGUGUAACGUUGGCCCAGGCCACUCUACUGCUCAGUGAUCUGAGAGGGACAGGCAGCCAGGCCCUACACCUGCUCACACAGAAACUACUACAGCAACAGCUGUGUGUGUUGGGGGAGAGUGUGUCAUUGGGAGAGAGAGGCAGAGUAAUCCUCCCUCCAGCUCCUGGUCUCUCUAACAUCUACCUCCCACAUCUCCCACUACUGGCCAAGGCCACCAUGCGACUUGGUCACUGCUUGGCUGUACAGGCCAUGACCAGCGCCCCUUCCUCCAGCCUGUCUACCCCCAGCCAUCCCUGGGUGUGUGCUCAGGAGGUGCUGCAGUCAGCCCUGCUCGUUUCCCAGGCAUGUGCUACCAGAGACAGACAGCUGGAGGCUGAUAUCCUCUACUGCAAGGGGAUGGUGGAGCGCUGUCUGAUGUCUCUCAGUGACUUCCAGCCUCAGACAGUUGCGCUGACACUACUGGAGAGCAUCAAUAUCUCUCUGUCCCAGAGUCACAAUCUACAGCUGAUCCGUAAGUGUUAUCUGGAGAUGGCGUUAGUGUACUUGCACCAGUGGGAGCAGAGCAGCCCAGCACCUCAGGACCAGCAGAACCCCGUCCCACCUUCACCACCUAAAAAUGCCAUACUGAAGCCUCCAGGUUGGAAGCGUGUCAGGACAACUCUGAACAGAGGCUUGACUCCAGGGGAGGCCUACUUAUUGCUCUACUGGGUCUCUGUCCGAGCUGCUACUAAGGCGUCUGAAGCCAUGUCCACAUGUAGCCAGCUGUGUGGUAGUACCGGAGCUAAAGGAGGACACCUGCCUCUCAUCUCCCUCAAGCUCCUGCCUGACUUUGCCUCCAACGACCUGCUCAACCCCUGUGGAGGGACAGACGUGAUGGUGAGGACGGUCUCCAGCUCGUCUCCAGAGCUUGAUCCUGGGCUGAGCAGCAGGAAACGCUCCCAGCUCACAUGGGUCCACCUGUCCCGCUACUACAAACACCUGUUCAACCUGCAGCACAUCGCCAUGCGCCCAGUGGUGCCCCAGUGUGUGGAGGGCCUGGUGUCCCAGUCAGAAGACAGUAGUCUGGCGCUGAGGUUGGUUCAGCUCCAGACCUUCUUCUGUUCCCACAUGGUGGACUACAGAGAGUCCUGCUGCGCCCCUGAACCCCCCACUGAAAUCAUCAUGCAGCCACAGAUUAUACAGAUGUGUCCUACAGUGAGAGGCACUAUGGGAGCUCAGAUGUACCCCUGGUCCUUUGCUGACAGGAAGCAGCUGUGUAUCCAGUGGCACCGGCCUGCUCUCAGCCCCACCCAAGAAGACACGGAUACGGUCAUGCUGCUGUUUGGGCUGAACAAAGUGCCACUCUCGGCCAUGAGGGCCACAGCCUGCACUAUCAUAGAGCUGCAGUGUGGACAGAAACUCGUCAGCAUGGCGAAACUGUGUGCAGUCCAUGCUCAGCUGGCCUCAGCCUGUGUUGGGGGCAACGUCUCCUGUCCGCCUGCUGCCAGUAGCGCCGCCUCCUCCCCCAGCCCCAAGAUGGAGAGGCAACGCCGCACCAAGAUCCCAGACAAGGCUGCUACCUCCAGCCCUCACAUACAGAUGCUACAGGAGCAGACCAGGUGCUGCUGUGCUGCUAUAAAGGACUUACUGCAGCCUGGUUCAGAGGCAGCUGUUCUCACUGAGGUUCCGUUUGAGGCCAGCCUACAUAGUCUGUGUGAUCUGGAGCGCUGCUUCAACCCAGCCAGUGGAGCCAUUGUGGAGGGAAACACACUGAUAACAUGGCUCAUCUCCCUGCUCGUCUGAUACCCUAUCCGGUCUAUGGACCGGCACAGCACCAUAGAAAAAGACAAACCCAAUGACAGGAAUCAAAUGGCCGAGACCAAAGAUAGCAUAUUGCACCUACCUAGCUAAGUGUCUUCAUCAGACUCUUUCACUUAAAAAUAAAUGAGCAUAGAUAAAGAUGAUUUUCGUAAAAACAAAAUUCAAGCGCUUUUCAUUUCUUAUUCUUUAUUAAUGUAUAUGAUUAAGCUCACAAAUCAAAUGUAUAUGAAAAGGCUCAUGUGUUGUCAUAAAAUACAAAUUGGACCUCUUAAAACAGCAGUUUCCUAUAACUCAGGUUUCCCCAACUAGCAGGCCGAAUUUGGCUCGCAGGUGGUUUUAUUUAGCCCCGCAAGUUUUCUGAGCGAAAAAAAAGAAGCUUAUUUAAAAAAUACAUGUUUUAGAUUGGUGGACAUAAAAGGCUGUAAAAACACACCAAGAAAUCAGCUCCAAGUGAUUUUAAUUAAAGAAAUCUGUUCAAGGAUUCCCAUAUAUAAUAGAGGGACAUGUGAUUGUAAGCAAGGUUUGAAAUUAUUAUGUUUUAGUCAAUCAUAUCUGUUUGGGCUUCUUGCAGUCAAUUUGCAGUCUACAAAUUAUUUGUAAUUAUGUUCCUGACCAUCGCCUCAAGAAAAUAAAUCCCCUUGUUGCUCAAUAUAGUUGAUUAUCCCUGCUAUAACUCCUCUGAUUAAAGAUCCCAAAUAAAAAUUGGCUUUGAAUUACCAAA